UGAUGCAGAGUAGAUGGUAGGUAGUGGUGGUUUGUGUUAAACAGUUAAAGCAGUGGAUAUGCGCUCUCUGUGGCCUGUGCCCGCCUUAUAUGUUAAAAGUCGGAGAUAGGGGCUCAGACAUUCACAUUCUACAUCCGCACUUCUAGCUGAGACAGUUCACUUCCGAGAGAUACAGAAAGCCUGGCGAACAACUUCUGGCGAACAACUUCCGAGAGUCUGUCCGGGCCAAUGGCGAACAAAUACACAGUGCCAUGGACCGAAUUCAUCGAGACGUCAAGUUUGCAGAAAGUCGACAGAGAGACCACUUUCCGCAGCGGAGGAACUAGCUAUAGAGAGCGCACUGCAGCCUCCGAUGACAUCAUCAAAUGGGAAGGCCAGUGAGACCUCCGUAUGCCGUACUAGUGUUACUGCCGCUGAGGGCUCGACAGACGCGGCAGUCCAGGACGCAGUGAGACAUCAGAAGAGAUUGCGUCAGACGGUUGCCGCAUGCACCCUAGGCCUGGUCUCAGAUUGCUUCGUGUUGAGACAUUUCUUGUAAAUCUUCCGAAUUGUCCCGCUACUUGCAAGCAUCCGUCUGAAACUGUGAUAGAAGACCUUCGUGUCAUCCACCGCGACUGGCCACACAAGGCCUGAACUUUGGCUGACGUUCGUGUGGAAGCUGAGAGAAAUUCCCGCCAUCCAGAAGAGAGUACAGUAUCGAUGGUAAAAGACGGGUGCUUGGGGACUCCCGUCCCGCGAGCGUGUCGAUCCACAGAGUUGAGUGUUGAGUGAGAAGGCGUCCC